AUACCAGUUAAUAUCUGCUCGCUAAUAUAAUAUUUAUUAUUUAUUAUUUAUUAUUUGUUGUAAUAAUAAAAUAAUGAAAUUUAAAUAUAUUUUAGUUUUAUGUCUAGUGGGGGUGGGCGAGCUUGCAAGUGGUGCGAAAAUUUUCGGAGGUGCUAGUAUCGAUUCUCAGGCUGCUGGAGUCCAAGCUGGAUUGACAUUCCCAAAAAUUCCAGGACUCAACAGUCCAAUAUUCGGUAUAAGUAUCCUUCCAACUGCAUCAUCAAAUAACACUUGGGACGUUUUCAACAAUUUGUUCCCCCGAAUCUUAUCAAACGACAAUGAUAGUCUUUCUUCAGACGGAAAUCGAAACGGCAACACCUCUAUUGGUCAAAAUCAACAAGGCACCACCACCACCUCUUCGUCAAACCAAAUCGAAACUAGUACCACCCCUUCUUCAAAUCAAAACGAAACUACUACCACCCCUUCGUCUACCCAAAGCAGUUCUACUACGCAAAGCAGCGUAUCAUCAUUCAUAAAACGAGCCUUGACAUCAAUGCUACCUAACAUAAAUUCACUGGUACCAACCUUAAGAAACCUAACAGGCAACAUAACGCUUCCUUCAAUCCAAGGUCCACCUUCGCUAGAUUCUCUUCCGCAAAUUCCUGGACUGUCAGACGCGAUAGCAGAAGCCCGUGAACAUGUAAGAAUAGCUUUGAACGCAACUGGGGACUUUGUUGAUGGAAUAGAAACAGCUUUGCAGCAAGCUUUACAAAGCAACAAUCCCACCGAAGCAGUUCGGACUUUGGUCAACACCAUUUUGAAUGCUUACUUGGUAGUCGCUCAAAAUUGCCCGAUGAUUGUCGUUGGAACUCGCGUGCUCAGAGAGGGAAUCAGGUUGGCUGGUGAGGUCGCCAGAUCCGCUCGCAAUAUUGUAUUUGGAACUCAAUAAUUAUCUUAAUUUCACUUGUUGCAUUCAAGGCUAUUAUAAUAAAUAAUUGAAUAAUUCAUUAAA